CAAGUAUUAAAAAUAGUAGUUUAAUUUUCGAGUAACUUUAUUAAGAAAAAGUCCAAUCAUGUCGUGGGUAAACGAAAAUCUAGUUGAAAAGGAAAAUAUUUCUGAAAACAUGGAAAAAAUUACUAUUAAGAAUGUCCGCAAAGUUUUAACCGAGAACGGCACCAAUGUACUCCAAACAAUGGAGUCUCAGAAUAAAACGGAUUCUUCCGACGUUAAGGAUCAUACCACGAUAGAAACAGCAGAAAGUAUAGAACAGAGUUCGUUUGAUCCCUCCAUUGAACCACUACUUCGGGAGAAUCCACGACGGUUUGUGAUAUUCCCGAUUCAAUAUCAUGAUAUCUGGAAGAUGUAUAAAAAGGCUGAAGCAUCUUUCUGGACAGUCGAGGAAGUUGAUCUGUCCAAAGACAUGAAAGAUUGGGACACACUGAAAGCUAGCGAAAAACAUUUCAUCUCGCACGUGCUAGCUUUUUUUGCUGCUUCCGAUGGUAUUGUCAAUGAGAAUUUGGUAGAGCGGUUCAGCCAAGAGGUGCAGGUUACCGAGGCACGUUGUUUCUACGGGUUCCAGAUUGCUAUGGAGAAUGUACACAGUGAAAUGUACUCAUUAUUGAUUGAUACCUACAUCCGGGAUCCUAAAGAACGAGACUAUCUCUUCAAUGCAAUCGAAACCCUGCCAUGUGUGAAGCGAAAAGCUGACUGGGCACUCAAUUGGAUUUCUAGCAAACAUGCCAACUUCGGCGAACGGAUAGUUGCUUUUGCGGCUGUCGAGGGCAUAUUCUUCAGUGGAAGUUUUGCUUCUAUCUUCUGGUUGAAAAAGCGUGGUCUUAUGCCCGGUUUAACUUUUUCCAACGAAUUGAUUUCCAGAGACGAGGGAUUACACACUGACUUCGCUUGUCUGAUGUUCAAAUAUCUUGUACAAAAGCCGUCUCAGGAGCGUGUAAUCGAAAUUAUUCGAGAGGCAGUUGUAAUUGAGCAAGAGUUUUUGACGAAAGCAUUGCCGGUUGAUUUGCUUGGCAUGAACUGUGAUUUAAUGUCGCAAUAUAUAGAGUUUGUUGCUGACCGGCUAUUGCUGGAAUUGGGAAUCGAGAAGAUUUACAAUACUAAGAACCCGUUUAGUUUUAUGGAGUUUAUCUCGUUAGAGGGCAAGACUAACUUUUUCGAAAAGAAAGUUGGAGAGUACCAAAAGUGGGGUGUGAUGGCUAAUCGUCUUGACAAUGUGUUCACGCUGGAUGCAGAGUUCUAAGCCUAACACAAGUAGCUCUUAGUACCUAUUUCUUUUUUUGUGUGUGUGUUUUGGUUGGAUAGGAUCAUGGCUGGUCCAUUUCGCCAAGCUCUUAGUAUUAAUAACGGUCAAUCGUAUUUGAUCUGCAAAUCCAAUAGCGUUCUUUGACGUUGUGGUGCUCCCACAUUAAUUUAUGUAAGUCUUUAAUUGAAAAAAAAAGAAGAAAAUGACUAAAAGACCCAUUAAGGGAAUCACUUAUAUUUGUAUAGACGAUAGACUAUAUUUUUUAAAAUAGAGAUCAAUAUGUUUUUAAAAUUAUUCAAGCCACUUGUUUACAAAAAUAAGCGAUAUAACGACUACUGGGCUAUCUUGAACGUCACGAAACGUUCACGUUCACAACUGUAAAGUGACUGAACAAAUAUAAAUCAUUGCCCGAAUAAUGAAAAAUACAUGUUU